UUGUUGUUGUUGGUGAUUUUGAAUUUUUUGAAAAUUUCUUUUCUUUUCCAUUUUCAUUUCUUUUUAAAAUUUUCUUCAUUAUUUAUUUGUUAUAAGUUGCCGAAAUAUUUGACAAAUCUCUUCCUCAUCGGCUCAUCUAUGUUCAUUUCAGAAGUAUCAACCGAUUUUGAUUUAAUUCAUUCAACAUCAAGAAGUGUCAAUUUUUUGCUUAUUAAAAUUUUACUGAUAAGAAAAAUUUGUUCAAUUUAAAACAUGAAAACAGUCGUUGUCGAUAGGAAAAUCAACAAGUUGAUGCUCCGAAAAGCUGAUUAUUUCGUAUAGUUAUACAUCCGUUGAAUUGAAUCAUAGCUGUUCAAUUUCAUCGCAGCAACUUUCACCAUGCUGUCUGAAAUCUCUUUCAACGAUGAAACAAUCGAAAACAUCACUAUGCCAGGAUUUGUUGCAGACUACCUCAGUGAAUCCAAUGUCAGCGAUAACCUGUCUAUUAUUUCAAAUACUGAUAAAUCCUGCGAUUUCAAUAAUACGUUAGACUUCACCGAUCACUUAUUCAAAGAUUCAUUCUGCGAAACAUUGAAGAGCAAACACUUGUCGAAUAAAUCGCUGGAAGAUAAAAUUCGGAAUUAUAAAAAAUUACAGAAUGAAAUCAAUUAUAUACGAGCGAAACAAAAUAAAUCUAGAUUCAUGUUAGAAACAAUGGACGAAGUUUUCGAUAGCGAUGUCUCAAAAUUGUUCAAAUCGGUCAAAGAUAAGUGUUCUAAAAAACUGAAAUAUUCAAAUUUAAUGAAAACACUAGACGACGACAGCGGUGUUUUGGGAUUAUUGAGUAUUAAUGUUCCCGGAAACGAAUUCAAUUUGAGUAACGAAGAAAAGUCAAUGGUUCAUUUAGCUUUUCGCGAACCGUUUACAAAGAAAUUAUCUGAACUGAAAAACGAGUACAAGUUUCUCUCUGAUUUCUUAGCUCGUCAAAGUUCAGCUUUAACUUUACCUGGGAGCAUUUUAACCGAAGAAAAGGCUUCUGUGCUGAAUACAGUAGAAAAAAUUUCAACGUGUAUAUCUUCGUGUAAAGACGAACAAAUGAAAAUAAUUAAUUUGAUCGACGACGUGUAUAAUACGUGGCAAACUAAAUUUCAAGAAUUGUACGAAAGAGAAGUCGAUUGCUUAGAGAAGAGGAUCAAACUUUUAGAACUAAAAAUGAAAAAUUUAAAUUACAUGAUAGAGAAUGCAAUCGUACAACAAGAUGAUAAAAUCAACGAAGCUGUCGAAAUAUUGCAUCAAGAACUGAAUGGAACUCUAGAUAAAAUUCGCUACUCUUUAGAAAAAUUGAAAAUUAAAAAACAAGAAUAUGAAAGUCUGAAGGGCACAAAAUUUGAUGAUAUUUUACAAGAAUUUAUCGAAUUGAGAGAGAGUUAUAAGCAUAAGUGCUGGGCUUUGCAACAGUUACAAAAAGCAUCGUAACAUAGAAGCCAAUUUUUGUAAAUUUAUUUUUUGUUUCAUUGUACGUGAUUGAAUUUAGAAUACUAUCUUAUCGUUAAUUUAAGAGAUUGAAGCAUUACUCAUUAAAAGUUUUAAAUUAU